AUGGCUACCUGCUGGCGUCCAGCUCUUAUGAUAGGACAGUGCGGCUCUAGGACACAGCGACGGGUGUAUCCGGCUCUUAGGAUAAGACAGUGCGGCUCUGGGACACAGCGACGGGUAGCAUAUAGCAGACUCUUAAGGGUCAUUCACACUAGGUUAUAUCAGUGGCCUUCUUACCCGACGGCCGGCUACUGGUAUCUAGUUCUAAUAAUAAGACAGUGCGGCUCUAGGACCCGGCGACGGGUAGAUAUAGCGACGGGUAGCAUACAGCAGACUCUCAAGGGUCAUUCACACUGGGUUAUAUCAGUAGCCUUCUUACCCAACGGCCGGCUACUAGCGUCUAGUUCUAAUAAUAAGACAGACACGAAGACUGAGGGCCUAUAUAGAUACUCGCGUGUAAUUCUAACUCGGUUAUAUCGGCGAUUAUAUCGGUGGCAUUCUCUCCUAAUAGCCGGCUAUUGGCGUCUGGCUCCAAUGAUACGACAGGAGGCCUUCAGUAUUCUUUUAAGGGCCAUUGGAGCUCGGCUUAGUCGAUUGCUUUCUCGCCCAAUGGCCGCCUACUAG